UUUCAAGUUGCCUAUACAUGUCUCAUAUCACAUGCCUAUACUUACCUAGUCCCAUGCUUUGAUCCCAUUUGGUGGUAAAGAAGGAAAAAGAUACAAGAGAAUAAGAGAAGGAAAGAAAGUCUGGUUACCCGAAGAUGUCAGCACGUUGGCUCGUAUUUCGCGCUUGUAGUAGCCAGCAGUGGCGGCGAAGGUGAUCGGUGGUGGUUGGGUCCGUGAGUGGUGCAGUCAGUUAGCACGGUAGAGAGUGGUGGUGUACGUACAAUCUUGAACGCUGUGGUUGCGCGUUUUCUGCUCCCGUGCGGCGGGGGCUGCCCUUCGCAAGAAUCCGCUUCACGCAUGGCACCGCUUCGUGCCUGAGACGCCUUUUUCUCGGAGACAGAGAGAGCAAGAUCGUGCGCGGCCGGGGCCCAGCCUCUUCGCGUGCUGCGUCUCGUUUUGCAGUUUUCGAGCGCCGGAGAGACCGAGUCGCGAACGAGCCGACAGAAUGACCAGUCAGGAGACGUGCGAGCAGGGGAUCAGCAACGUGGAAACUGAAUACCUCGAGAUCAACUCGAAAGAUGCCUGGCCGAUCCUGUAUCAGCACAUACGUAACGAAUGCAGCAAUUUCUCGUAUACAUAUAAUGAAUCGAGGAAGCCACAGAACAAAAAUUUAAACCGUUACAGAGAUGUUUUGCCAUACGACCAUAGUAGGAUCAUCCUUAAGAGGGGUCCAUGUGAUUAUAUUAAUGCUAACCUCAUACGGGUAGAUCGUGCUCACAGACAAUACAUCCUUACUCAAGGACCAUUGGAAAAUACUGCUGGCCACUUUUGGCUAAUGGUAUGGGAGCAAAAUUCUAAAGCCGUGUUAAUGUUAAAUAAAAUAAUUGAAAAGAAUCACGUUAAGUGUUAUCAGUAUUGGCCUCUUGGUGAUUCAGAGAAUAAUACUAUGAUGUUUGCGGAUGUUGGUAUAAAAGUAACGUAUAUCAGCAAAACAGAAUCAUCGGAUUAUACAACUAGAGUAUUAAAAUUAACUGACUUGGAAACAAAUGAAAGUAGAGAAAUAUUACAUUUUCAUUAUACUACUUGGCCAGAUUUUGGAGUGCCACAAAGUCCAACAGCAUUUUUAUCUUUCUUAACCACUGUUAGGCAAUCAGGUGCAUUAGAUCAAAAUGUUGGACCUCCUGUGGUGCAUUGUUCUGCAGGAAUUGGAAGAUCCGGAACAUUCUGUUUAGUUGACACAUGUCUUAUUUUGAUUGAAGAAAAUGGUUUGAAUUCUGUAAAUGUUAGAGAUGUCUUGAUAGAAAUGAGAAGAUAUAGAAUGGGUUUAAUCCAAACGCCGGGUCAACUAAGAUUUUCAUAUGCCGCUAUCAUUGAAGGAGCAAAACAAUUACUGUCUAACAACGUGAACAUUAAUAACGAAGUGGUAACAAAUCAUUAUGAUGUGGUAAGUAAUCUCAAUAAUUCUGUGGUAGAAGAAGAAGAUGAACCACCUCCUUUGCCUCCUCCAAGAGGUGAAUCUUUAACACGUAGCAUGAUGGCAGAUUUAACUUCAAAUCCAGGAACUAAAAAUGAUGAAUUGGGUGGACCUCCCGAUAAACCACUACCUAGAGAACCAUUGGUUCCUACAGAAACAACCACUACUUCACCGAUUGUGAAUUCUACAGUAAUUACAAAUAACUUGCAUGAAAAGAACUCUGAUGGUGUUGUAGUGCCUAAUGAAAACACCAGUGACGGUGAAAAUUCUUUACAAACAAUUAGUCCUCCGUCCAGUCCUGAUUCGAAAAACGAAGUACGUCACCGUAAUAAAGAGAAGAAGGAACGUUUGGCAGCACAAGUACGGGAGAUGAAACGUCGACAAAAGGAAACGGAAGAAUGGCAGAAACUCAAGAGGUCAUUAUUUAAGCCCCUUUCAAUAGGCAUAGGCGCCGCAAUUGUUGGUGGGGGUAUUAUAGCAAUCUGUGGCUAUUUGUAUAUGCGUGGUUAGGACACAAUUGUUUCUAUGUCACACGUGUACAUGGACCUUCGCGUUAUCAGUGAUACUAGGUGAUUCGCACAUUCAAGAAUAGUUACUUUCAUCAUGAGAUAUUUAACAGUUUCAUUGCACACGUCAUUGAUUGCCAUUGAUUCGAAAAAGUAAUUAACUAGGGAGAAGUAUUCGAUGUUACGUAAUUUGAUGCGAAACAGUCAUCACGAAACAUUGUAUCAGUAAGAGACUAUUAAGUUGGCAGACGGAGAGACACCAGAUAACAAAGAAACGUUAAAGAGAAGUAACUUAUUCUAACAAAGUGCAUUUGUAAAGGACAUUGUUGCACGACAAGGAAGCUACAAACGAAAAACGAAAAAAAAAAAGAGGAAAAGAAAUGGGUACAUUUAUGACGACGGAGUACGAAGGAAAGGCGGAAAUAUUCAAUUUGUAUUUUUAUAUUGUGAUUCACUCAAUGAGUAUGUAGAAUACUAGAAAGUACACAUUCUUUUGAAAAUCCAUUGAUUAGGUUCCCUUGAAACUGGCAGUUUACGAAGUGAGUAGAUUCUUUGGUAAUCGUAUUUCCAGUUAGAAUAAGAAGCACAUUGAGUUAGAUUUUUACCGUGUAGCUUUUUUUUAUCCUAAUUACAAAAGUACAGAAUAUCUUUUUUAUUUGUUAGAGAAUGUUAAUAAUUGUGUCUUGUAAAUUAGAAAGAAAAAAAGCACGUGUAAAAAUCUAAUAUAGAAGAUGAAUCAAUGUCUUCUUAUUCGUAUAUUGUAAGAACUGUAGGCUCUCAUAUAUGUUAGGUAUUACACAUCAGAUGGGUGCAUAACGUUCCAGUAAGUGAAAUCAGUUAUUUACUUUCAGAGUGAUAAUCGAAACACGAACGCAAGUAUUAAUUUGCCUUUUUUUUAUUUUUGAACAUUUAAAUAGAUAUAGUACUUUUUUUAUUUAUCAUUCAUUUCUACUUGAUUUCUAUUUAAUUCAGUAAUUUAAUAUUAAAUUCUAACAAUCAGUUUAAGGAGAAAAGAGACUCGUCUCUUUCAUCAUUUUUUUCAGUGAAUAAUUUUCAAAUAAAUUAGUCUUACUGUUAGUAAUUAUCCAGGGUACCAAAAUCAUUCUCCUAGAGUUAAUAAGCACCCGAUUCCCUUACUAGAAUCUGACGAGUAUAUUCGUGAUAGGCGUAGAGAAAAUGUUAACAAUCUUAAUUAUAGUAUACCAUGUAAAUGUUUUUUAUGAAUAACUUGCCCAUCGACGUAGAGUCCAUUCUUCUAUAGAACGUUCACGACCAGGUGAAAUCAUUGUUAGAAUUAGCAUAGGUCAUGUUUGUGACGUACCAUGGCCCAUUUUUUAGACGAAUCGAUGUUGUUUAUUUAGAAUCAUUGAUUUCGUUUAGAACUUGUUCCUUGGGCUAUUGGUAAAUAAAAACUAACUUCUGACUUUCUCUCUUCUAUGAACAAACGCAGAUCACCGAGAUAUUUCGUUUAAAUGGCAACUUGUGCCUUGCAUUCUGUGUACUUGGUAAUAUUUCACACGAGUCCUUUUUAAGGAUUUUUUUUGUUACACGAGAACAUGCCUGGUAUACGGAAGACUAAUAAUAUCGAAUUUCGCAACGUAUUCAAGUAAUUAGCAACGACUUUAAAAUAAUCAAUUUGCUAUGCUGUGCUCAUCACACUGUUCUUACGCGACUGCAUAUUAUUUGUCUGUUAAUUUUUGUGAUGAAGUAGUAGGUGCCAAACAAUAAGAAGCCAACAACAAUUUUGUAUGCCAUGCAUAAGAAGAUACGUAGAGCUUCGAAUCAAUUUCUGAUAUUAGCCUUGUUACUACGAACACCAAUGUUUCAAGUAUCAAGCACCAUAUCGACUAAUUCUUAGGAGUUAGCUGAUGAUUCGUAGGAACUUCCUCGCAUUCUUAAAGAUGAGCAAUCCAUAGAAUUAUUGGUGAUAAUUCUACUGGUUUGAUCGAAAGGUACUUGAUAUUGUUCAUCAUACGUUGAUAUUUUCUACGCAACCUGAGCUUGGUGUAUCAAAGUUGAUAUCAAAAACUGAUUCUGAUUCAGAUCAUGUUGAAUUCAUGAACCGUGUCAUGGUUGCGUUAGUAAAUUUUAUUUUGUACGCUUUUAACCCCUCAUUAGAGCAUGUUCCUGUGUGUCAAUCAGCUGAGCUUUUUAGCGAGUAGCCUGUAAGAUACUUAACAGAGCUCAGGUGACUCUGCUUUCGCAGCGGAACUGAAACAGGGGGUUAAAAGAGCCAAUUUCUAAUAUGCUAACUCCAACUGACUUGCUCAAUGGUAAACUGUUUAAGCAUACAUUGAGCAUCAUGGAAAGACUGAAUAUACGUCUAGUUGCUUCUAGGAGAAGCAAAGUUGAACAAAAAAUAAGAAAAAAAGUCAGCAAAAAAAAAGUUAAACUUGUACUCUUUAGGUCGAGCUUUUACGUAAGUCACGAUCAUGAAAAAUUUGAGAAAAGAAGACUUGUCAGAUCGUGUUCCAAAAGAAACAAAAAAUAAGUGAUGAUGCAGUUUGCGUUUCAAUUUCUUCGAAAAAGGAAAUGUGCGUGAUGAGCAGACGUAUUUUGUACCUUUUUGUACGUCGUUAGCUCUAAAUUGGAAUACGAUCUUAAAACGAGACAUUUCGGGUACGUGUUAUUGCAUUAAUAUGCGUCCGUGUAAUUCAUUCACGCAUUAUCUUAGAGAUACUAUGUUCCCGCUCGAAGUAAUGUUAACGUGUUCGAAUUUAAUACAGUAUUUUGUCGUGGGGUACAGUUGUUCACCUGUGUAUGCACCGAUUGUAUAUCUUGUUACCUGAUUUUUUAUCUACACCAGGACUUCCUAAACUUCUAUGGGUACAGACUCACUUUUGGAUACAGUAAUUUUCCAAGUUCCAAAUUUAAAAAACUCUGAAGUCCUAAGUUCUAUAAUUCAAAAUCCCAAAUUUAAAAAUCUUGAAAGUCCAAUUUCAAAAUUAAAAAAUUUGUAAGUUCCAAUUUCAUUCAAAAUAUGAAUGUCUAAUGCGACCCAUAUUUUAGGAAUCUCUGGUCUAGAUUAUGUUUGUGUAACUAGAGAAGCGUUCGAGCGUGAAUCGAGCAACUAGCAUUCGAAGAAGGUGCGAAAAAGGAUAAAGGUCACGAUCGUUAUGCCUCUGAACAGAGGGGAACAACAACAACGCGUGUACGUGCCUUCAUUUAGAGCGAUCUCGUUCAACGAAAGAGAGAUGCUAGCGUUCCUACAGAAAUCAACAAAUUCGCUAUUUUUUAUAUUUUGCUUUUUAGAGACACACCGUUGCCGUUGAAAUAUCUUCAGGAUGUCGCAAGGAUAAUUGGAUUCUUGCGGUUGAAACUGUUGAGAGGCUUCCAGAUGUUGGAAUAAACAUUUCAUCCAUGCAGUAGUUGGAUUCAGUACAAAGGACGUAUUGAGAAAUUGAAGCGCUGCGGAAAUAUCUUGUUUAUCAAAUGUUCUGGUAAACUAAUAUCUGCAUUUCUAGAUUGCAUUGUUGGAUUUAGGAUUCUGAGGAUAAAAAUAGCUCAAGUAGAACUUUAAAACCAUUAGACGGUUGAGUAUCAAUUGGUUUUGGAUUAGAACUUGAGUAGAAAGUCUGAUAUAAAUUGAUGACGUAAAAGUAGUACAAAAUAAUACUUAUGACAUAUCAGUUUGAAGUUUAAGGUUUGUGAAAAAUGAUCGUACAAAUGCCUCAUCGUAUUCUCAAUAUAAAGUGGCUGGUCCUUCGUUGAGACAUUCGAUGAAAUUAUUUGAAAUUGAUUCAUUGUUCUAGCGAAUCAGCUGUUUUAUAUCAAAGAAACUGAUAAAGCUUAUGCAGUUAUUCUCAUCUUACUUUAAACUUCACAUUGAUACAUCACAAGUGUAAUCUUUCAAAUUGAGUAGAACUGCAUGUUCUAUUUGAGUUUAUGAAAAUACUUGGAAUUCUCAAUAUCUCUGUGUCCUUAGAUUGCUGUAUGGAUGUUCGAAGAUAGUAUUAAUGUGUCUUCAGAAAGAAAAGAAACAAAAGUCACAUUCCAAAAAAGACACAGCGUGAAAUAGGAAGCCUCCAACAGUUGAAGCCAACAUCGUCGAAGAGUCAAUUACAGAAUGAAAUUUGUUCGUGGCUAGUCUUUCAUAAGAGACGUUCGUUCGUAAUGAAGGUGGAUGCACGAGUUUGCCCAGAGAUUCUUUAAUUUCAAGCGUUCGUUCGCCUGGUCAUUGGCGUAACAAAUAAGGGGGCUCAUAGACUUUAGACUAGGAAUUUAGAAAUUCCUGAAAUUAUAGAUUUUUAGAUAUUCACAUUCUCAAAUUUCUAAAUUUCCAGUUUUUAAAGGGUCCAAAUUUGUACAAGUCCAAUACUGCACUUUUGCAAAUGACCAACUUUAUAAAUUUCAAAAUCCUCAAGUGACAACGCUAACAGUAAAUUUAAGGGACACUUUCAAACGAAACAUACAGUUACGCCAAUGGUAAUCACAGGUUGAACGACAAUCAUUCAUUAACCCGGGAACUCCCUUGUCGUUUAUCAUCGGAAACUUCCUGACGAGAAUGAGUGCGAUAGAACGAGAGUGCGUGCGAGAGAAAAGCUUAUUCUCAAGAACUAGAAUCCACGAAAGACACGGUGCUAACAAAAGUUCCAGAAAACGAAAAGAAAGACGAAAAGGGAAAAAAGCAUAUGAUAUAUAUAAGACACGCUUUGAUACGUUUGCAUGCGUGAGAGAGCGAACGUAACCAUAGAGAAUGAAAGAAGAGAAGAAACAUUUUAAAGAAUAACGAUCGUCAGAUAUCUUAUGAACAUUACUCGAGCGAGUGAGCGAGAGAGGGAGAGAAAGAGAGAGCGAAAGAGAGAGAGAGAGAAAAUGAGCGUAAUAUACAAAGAAGAGUAAGAGAGGAGUGUGACUGUUCCGAAAGAAGAAAUCGAACGUAAAAGGGAAAAAAAGAAGAAAACGAAGAGGGGAGGCUUUUGUACAAGCAGUUUCUGUUCUUUUCAUCCUGGUAUAUAUUCUCUCCGUCUCGUGUACAAUAGACACGUUCAACUAGCGUUCUAACUACAAGGAACCGCAGAAACAUAGCUAAGUGCCUACUCGUACGAAACAAAAGGAAGGGAUCGAAAGGGAACCAUAUUGAGAAUACGACCGAUAAUAGCGUUAAUAAUUACAAUAACGUACGCGAACCCUCGCCUUUUGGAAGAGCGUAGCCAUCGAGCAAGUGAAUCCUUUACCAUCCGACAAUAUACAUUACAUACAUACAUAACAUACAUACAUACAUAUUAUUAUAUGUUGAUAGAUAUUAUCGUUCCAGUAAGUCUAUUAUCACGUAUUUGCCCAACGAUCGAAUCACUGGGUGUAUUUUAUUUGGAUAGCGAUUAUUUAUCAAAAUAGAGAGAACUUUUUUUAAAGCGAGUUACAUAGGGUUCAUCGAUGCAAUGUAUAUUUGGUGGAAGAAAUAGGGUGAAAUUGUUAGUACUUUAUACCUCAGAUUUAUCAUUUUUAUCAUGCGAUAUAUCAUGUAUUAAUUAGAAUGUGAAAACUGGCACAGUGGAGUCCUGCUAUAUGGCCAUGGGCAUGUAAAAGGGAAGAAUGGACCAUAUAAGGGGAAAUAAGCUGCUAUGAUUCUUAAAAUCUGAGAAUUCUAAAUUUCCUAAAAUUUGGAAAUUUCAAAAUUUCAAAGAUGGUAAAUCUGAGUUCGGAUAAAUUUGAAAAUUUAUAAGUUUAGCAAACGUGAAAUUCACUUAUCUUCCGCCAAGUAUACAUAUUCUGUGGAAUACAGAAUUUAAACCGUAUGUCCUGUUGGUUCGAUCGACAAUUAGCGGCAGGCAGAUUUACCUAAAGAGCUAAGGACGAGUUGCGCGUGCGAGAAGCGAAACCUGAAAUAGGAAUGAAAAACAAGGAAAAUCUGAAUGAAAGAAAAACAAAGAUCGAAAGUGUCAGAUUCGGCUUUUGGCAGAGUUCGAAUAAGAAAUAAGCAACGAUAGGAAAGUUACUUCUCUACGAAGUCAAAUUGCAUCUCCUGCGACUCGACUUAAGCACAGUAAACUAUACUCGCAAAAUUGUAGCGUCGUAGAAGCGUAUCGGAUGCGGUGUUUGAAAUGUAACAGCUGAACGCGAGCGGUAGAAUUUAGUGAGAAAGGACAUAGAAACGAAGGGGCGAAAGAAGUGAACUGAAAGCAACCAUUUUAAAUUUGAUGCAAGAGAGCGAUCUCUUUAAAAAAUAAUCGACAAUUUAUAUAGAACAUCAUUUCGCUUCUUCACCCGUUAGAGAAAGAAUAGAUCCAAAUCGAAGUAACUAUGGAUAGAAUAAUGAACGAUUUGCAUGUAAUACAAUGUUAUUUACACGAACCAGAAAGAGAGAGAGGGAGAGAGAGCGAGCGAGAAAGAGAAAAAAAAAGGAACAAUGAAACGUGCGGUGACAUCGAUGCCCUCACGACGCAUACAUUCUUCUUUUUUUUUUAACUCGCAAAAUGUAGAAAGACUCGUAGACGAAGUUCCCCGAUUGCAUAUUUAGAUCGAUCAAUACAGGAAAGGAUUUUUUCGUA